AUGACUGAACAUUUCGCAUCGAUACCCACAGAGAACCCUCUGGUCUGCGGCUGCGAGUCUCAAGAGCUUUGGGAAUGGUUAAGGGACCACCAGAAGCUGGUCAGCGGGGUGGGAGGCGGCCGUGGUCGCGGAAGAAACGGUGUCGGGGUCGGCGAUGUGGAGGACGGUCUGCUCAAGUGCCAACAGCCGCCGGAAUUGCAAGGUCUGGUUUUCCUGGAUCUCGAUCCCCACGAGUUCUGUUCCGCACCGUUGAUCCUCAAGCUCGCGAUUCAGGACAUCCAACCGUUCUCCGUUCUCGUGUCCUGGCAGAGCAGAAACCAUUCUGGCCUUCACGGCUACCAAGUGGCCUACCACGCGCUGGACAACGUCGAUGAGGUGCGAGGCAAGCUGCUGGAUCCUAAAGCACGUUCGGUCAGGCUGACGAAGUUAGCCUCGGACACCCGGUACCUGAUCUGCGUGCUCGGGCUAGGCAGCUGGGGCACGUCAAUCCCGGAGGACAUUGGCUCUUGGCAAUGGAACGCUUCUCACGACGACGUGAUCGAGGGCUCGGCCCGUCCGGCGAUGGUGAACUCGCUUACCAGUCAGUGCACGGAGGUUAGAACCCUAGACGCGCCUGAUUCGAUCGUCGGCGACGGAACAAUGAGCGACAGAGGAGGUCUGGCCAACAUAUUGACCAGAAGAUUAGGCCUGAUAGUCGGCAGUUGUAUGGGAUUUGUGGUGUUCGUCGUGCUGAUCUCUGUGCUUGGUUACAUGAAGAUGAAGAAGCAGAGGUCCACCGAGAAGAGAGACCAACCACUUUCGUCCAAUCCACAGGCGUACAUGUCGUACAGGCAUUUCUCGUUGCAAAGCGGCGACAGAGCGGACAACGCGUGUCCCAGUUUCAUCAGCAAUAUCGGCACCACGCCAUUGAAUUCGUAGCACAAGCCAAAGGAGUCUCGAAAAGAGACUGACCACCGUGCGAUCGAGAUGAAGAACUCGCCCACUUGUGCAGGUAUCUUUGGCUAGCCGGUGCCAAAUCGCCGAAACCAGAGGACCAGAGGUCCUGCGGAAGAUGCAACGUUCAAGGAUACGGCAAAUUUUUUCAUCCCACUCGCGGGCACCAUUCGGAAAAAUAGAACUGCUCAGUUUUCGCAGGAAUCUCCUCCGUUCACUACCGGAUCCAGUCCGGUCAAUUCAGACUUGAGAAAAAAGUGCCAAAAUUGACGCGCGUAUGUCUCGAAGCGGGAGACACGGUUGUUGGCCAUCUGGCUUCCACCGGCCGUCGUGACGUGUCCGUUAAUCCGCGGGAACGAACGUGACAACGAGAAACGAGACCGUGAACAGGUGCCAAAAAAAUAUUUCGCGAGCGGAUCGAAGGGAAGCGCGAUUCUUUCCAAGAGACAAAACGUAUUGCUCAGUAGCAGAGAAACCAAAAGGGAAAAAGCAAGCGACUCUCGUCGUGUUUUCUAAAAGGAGACGGAACAAAGGAGACAAAUUACCGAUCGAUCUUUCUCGACCAUUCGUACGAACCGAACAACGAUAUAAACGACCCCUUUUUGAAACAUUCGAAUCUCUCCUAGCAAGACUGAUUUUUUAAACCGCCGUUCCUUCAAACAUCCCGCCCUCCCAUCAACCACACACACACGCGCACACACACACACACACGUACACCAUCUUUUAAAAAAAUAAUCCCAUGCCAUUUCGAUGCUCGUAUUAUAUACUGUAUGUAUGAUACGUGAGAAUUUUUUUGUAAAUAAUAGAGUAUAAAGUAUCGUGACUUAAAACGAAGAAAAAGAAAGAAAGAAAGAAAAAAAAAAAAAGAAUGACGUUCGCACAGACGAUACCUAUCGUAAUAUUACCACGGGGAUACUCGUCCUUCUAGUGCUGCGCAAGCAAUAUUACACUUACUCUAAUCGAUAGUCCCGACGAUCAGCACUGAAGUUAAUUAAGAGGGCAGUCUCCUACAAGUCGCGAGUUCGUUCAACGUUUCUUUUCUCUAAAAGCGUCCACCACCGUACACCAUCGUCGCUGCCAGAAAAAAAAAAAAGAAAAAACAGAAAUUCCAAUCCGUCGCGGUUCUGUCUCUCUUUCCUCUCUCUUUCUAUUCCUCUCCCUUCCAUUCUCUUUCUUUCUCCCUCUCUCUCUCUCUCUUUCUCUCUCUCUCUCUCUCUCUCUCUCUUUCUCUCUGUAUAUUCACCGCGUGUCGUUGAUCGUCCGGCAUACGAAAUUUUCUCGCGAAUCAAACGCGACCGAAAGUGGGCGCGUCACUCCUGCCAAGAAACGAGAGAACGGAGAAUUCGGUUUCGAGUUGCCAAAAUGUGUUAAUACGGGAUGAGACGUUGCGGAAGAUGGAUUUAUUGUAUAUAGAUAGAGGAUAUGUAUACACAUAGCAUUCUUUAUUAUAGCAUAGGCUUUCGGUUAAUAAAAAUACACCAAAGCUAA